AGAUAUCAUCCCCACAGGGUGCAUUACGGGGCACAAUUUCCGGAGGCGUUUUUUUUUUUUGCUUCCUGCGCUCUCCGUGUCUACACACAGGUUUGUUAAAAGCAGCGUUCGGAAUCCCUUUUUACUGCCAUUGAUCAUUUAAUGAUGCAGAGCGUUCUGUGUAUCCCAACGGAAGAGUCAUUAGAAUAGCCAUUAGACCAGGGCGCUUAAGAGAACAGCCCCGUCUAAGCUGGAUGCUGCCGGAGCAUCCUCCUCCUUGUGACGUCAGCGCGCAGCAUCAGCUGGGAGUCCGCUGUUGGCAAGCCUUUUCCAGGCUGCAACCAGUUCGUGGAAUAAUACAUCUCAUCAUACUGUAGUUAAACGUAUACCCUCGGCAAGAUGGCUGCGCAGGAACUGCAGCCUAACGAGACGCUGACAACCCUGAAGUCGGAGUCCGAAAACCUGAAGACCAAGCUCGAGGAUGAGAGAGCUAAGCUGCAUGAUGUCGAACUGCACCAGGUGGCUGAUAAGAUGGAGUCGCUGGGCCAGUUCGUCAUGAAGACCCGGAGAACUUUGAAGGGUCACGGGAAUAAAGUCCUCUGCAUGGACUGGUGUAAAGACAAGAGGAGGAUCGUGAGUUCGUCUCAGGACGGCAAAGUGAUUGUUUGGGAUGCAUUCACCACUAAUAAGGAGCAUGCCGUGACGAUGCCCUGCACCUGGGUGAUGGCCUGUGCCUAUGCUCCAUCGGGGUGUGCGGUGGCCUGUGGUGGUCUGGAUAACAAGUGUUCAGUUUAUCCACUGUCCCUGGAUAAGAACGAGAACCUGGCAGCCAAGAAGAAGUCUGUUGCCAUGCACACCAACUAUCUGUCUGCCUGCAGCUUCACCAACUCAGACAUGCAGAUCCUGACGUCGAGCGGAGACGGAACCUGUGCUCUGUGGGACGUGGAGAGCGGGCAGCUCCUGCAGAGUUUCCAUGGACACGCAGCAGACGUGCUCUGUCUGGACCUGGCACCCUCAGAGACAGGAAACACCUUCGUCUCAGGGGGCUGUGACAAGAAGGCCAUAGUGUGGGACAUGAGGUCAGGCCAGUGCAUUCAGUCCUUUGAGACUCACGAGUCGGACAUCAACAGUGUGAGGUACUAUCCAAGUGGAGAUGCCUUCGCGUCUGGAUCUGAUGACGCUACUUGCCGUCUCUAUGACCUGAGGGCGGACAGAGAGGUGGCCAUUUACUCCAAGGACAGCAUCAUCUUCGGAGCCUCCAGUGUGGACUUCUCUCUCAGCGGCCGGUUGCUCUUUGGUGGCUACAAUGACUACACCAUCAAUGUGUGGGACGUCCUGAAGGGAACCCGCGUGUCCAUUCUGUUUGGCCACGAGAACCGCGUCAGCACCCUGCGUGUCUCUCCAGAUGGGACAGCUUUCAGUACUGGAUCCUGGGAUCACACUCUACGGAUCUGGGCCUGAAUAUGUCUGUGUCAGAUGCUAGAUGUCAUGGAGGAGAUUCAACCACCACUCCCGGCGACGUUAUCAGAUCACCGUCCGUUUGGAAAUCAUAGAGGAAUAGCGCUAGAUCAAUCAGUAGAACUAAAGAGGACUUCCCUGCUUUCCUGUGGGACAGAGUCAGCCUUGGCGUUGCAGCUCUGAAGAGUUGCAAGACUAAGGUGAAGACCAAGAUGGGGAGUUUUCUUGCAGGCGACCAUUUUAGUUCCAGAACCAGGUUCUCAGAUAUCAACUGCCAUGAGUCCUACUGAUUUUAUUUAUAUGGGCCAAUGUAGAAACACAGUUAGUAUAAACUGAUUAAUUUAUAUGGUCUUACUUUAUAUAUUGUCAUGGCAACUGCAGUAUAGCUGUAUGUAUUGGUGAUGUAAUAAAGCUGUCUGUCCUGUCACUACAACACAGUUUCCAUAGAGAUACUGGCAGAACAUUUGAAAAUAAACCUGAAGGCCGGAGAUUUUGCAUGAAGUUGGACAUUUCAGGAGUGAGAUUAGUCACCCAGUAGGUACACUGCUUUAUUUAUUGCUGUUCUCCAAGAUGUUUUUUUCCACUAGACACUCUCUGGCUAACUUUGAUCAUGACAUCUAUGUUUGCCAUUACGUGAGACUGUAGAAAAACUAUUUUGAAUUAAUAUAUACAUACGCAGCAUUUUUUAUCACAUCAAUAUAAAACCUGGAAACAUUAUAACAUUGCACAGAGAAAAUAUUGUUUCAGUUGUGAUAUAACACACUUAUAAUAACUGUUGUGUAUUGUAGUUCGAUGUAUAUAUCCAAUCUGUUAUAGUAGCCUACUACUGAAUUACAGAAUGUUUGUCCUUGAUCAUACGAAAAUAGAUUGUAAAAUACUGCGAAUAAACCUCUUUUAAAGAUUA